UAUUUGGCUGUUAUUUAAAUUCAUCAAACAAAUAUUAAUUUAUAAUUUUUUUGACAUUUUGGGCUAAACUAUGACAUAGUAUUAGUUGAAACUACAAUUUCUCCGUGACGAAAAUUCUUAAACUAAAGGGAGAAAAGCUAGAUUUCCUUAUAUUUUUUGUUCUGUUGUUAAUGAAGAAAUAGUAUAUUGUGUUGUUUUGUUCAAAAUGUCAAGGAUAUUGAAGUUGGAACGGUAACGGAAAUUCCAAUUUCAACUAGUCUACUGUCCAAACAUAGGAAGUAAUUUCCUUUUUCUUUUCUGUUUUGUCUAUUUGUUUCCCUCCAUAUGGACAAAAGUGUGUCAAUUUCUGCAGGUUAGAGUGAUUCAUAAUUAACCAACUACCACCAGCAGUAUAGUUAAUAUUAUUUUCGUCCUUUUUAAGAGUUUUUUGGAUUAGAAUUUAGAACCUCUCGAGUUCAUUUGAACAUGAGAGAUCAUAUUCGGUGAAAUAUCCUUGUAGAAUAAAAAGUGCAGGUCGAAAGAGUCUAAAUUAACUUAAGUGAAUCUACACCUUUCAUUUUGCAAGGAACAAUGUAAGUUCCAUGAACAUGAUGACCUUUCAUGCUUAAAUGAAUUUGAGAGUAUUGUAAUUCCAAUUUCAUGAGAAUUAUCCCAAUUUAAAUGUCUUUUUCCUAUUUUCCGUAACAUUAUAAAUUAUUUUUUUACUUAUACCUCUUAUUUUUACAAGUAAAUUGCUACUACUUUGAAUAUUAUUCCGAAGAAAAAAACAAGUAUAAAAAAAAGAAAAAUAAUUGUACACUUAUAUUCUGUUUAAAUGUCUAUAAAACACAAUGGCUCUUCUAAAAUAUGUUGUUUGUUGGUAAAUUAGCCUCACCCUCCAUAGACUUUGAGUGUACUCAUCUUUAUUGCUUAUAUAUCGAGUUUUAUCUCUCAACUCAACCAUCCUCCUUCAAAUAGCUCACACCAACAAACAACACUUACACAAAACACCUCUAGUUUCUUCUCCUUAUGGAUUCAAGCUCUAAUGAAAUAACCCUUGAUUUCCCACACUUUUUCAAAGUCUUUAAGGAUGGUCAUGUAGAACGGUACAUGGUCAUGGACUAUGUUCCUGCAGGCGUAGACCAAAAAACCGGGGUCCAGUUCAGAGAUGUUAUGGUCUCAAGUGACUCCGAUUUGAAGGUCCGAAUCUUCCUCCCGAAACUCGAAAGCUCGGGUCAGAAGCUUCCGGUUUUAGUCCACUAUCACGGUGGAGGUUUCUGCGCUGGAUCAUCCUUAGACAUUCUAACAAAAAAGUAUCUUGUUUCCAUGGUUGUUCAAGCUAAUGUAGUUGCAGUUUCGGUUGACUAUAGGUUAGCCCCAGAGCAUCCCCUACCGAUCGGGUAUGAUGAUUCAUGGGCUGGGCUUCAGUGGAUUGCGAGUCACUCCAACGGGCUGGGACCUGAUCCGUGGCUCAACGAGCACGUAGAUUUCGGGCAGGUAUUCUUGACGGGCGAGAGUGCCGGAGCGAAUCUUGCUCAUUAUGUUGCAGUUCAAGCUGGUGUUAUUGGAUUGAAUGGUGUUAAGAUUAAGGGUGUACUAAUAGUGCAUCCAUUCUUCGGAGACAAAGAGGAAGAUAAAAUGUACAAGUAUUUGAGUUUGUCGAGUUCCGGGCGCGACGAUGACCCGAAACUUAACCCAGCAGCGGAUCCGAAUCUGUCAAAAAUGGAGGGUGAUAGAGUGUUGGUUUGUAUUGCAGAGAAAGAUUGGUUGAGAAACAGAGGGAUAGCUUAUUAUGAGGCUUUGGUAAGUUGUGAAUUUGGUGGUAAAGUGGAAUUGUUUGAGACUAAAGAUGAAGAACAUUGUUUUCACUUGUUAACAACCAAUAAAGAAAGUGAUGUAUUAAUCAAAAAAAUUGUUGAUUUCAUCAUUAAGGAGUAGGUUUAUUUGCUUGUUAUGAGAUACAUGCUAUAUAUACUUUGUACCUAAAUAUAAUGAAAUAAAACAUUAUUAAGAUA